UUCCCCCACCAUCUUUCGGUGCUUCGGUCCCCCGGUUAUCUCUCUUUUUCUGCCCCCGCUUUUAUCUCUCUCUCCCGUCCCACUCCCAGCUCCCAUCCCUUCCGCUGCCUUUGCCUUUGGUUUUGGCUCGUUUGGUAAUCCAAUCUAGCCCAGCCCUUGCUCACUUCUCCGCUCGCUCGUAAAUCGGAGAUAAAAAAGAGAGGCGAAAAGGAGGCGCAGCGGAGAGCGGAGGCGGGACCCCGCAAAAAAAAAAAAACCAGCAGGAGAAUAAAAAGAGAAGGGGAAGGAAGGGAGAGCAAUAGUGAUGGCAUCGUCGUCGGCGCCGGUCCCUGCCUCCUCCUCAGCGGCGGCGGCUUUGUCCACUUCAACAAGCUCGCCAUGCGCGGCGUGCAAGUUCCUCCGCCGCAAGUGCCAGCCCGACUGCGUCUUCGCCCCCUACUUCCCGCCGGACCAGCCGCAGAAAUUCGUGCACGUACACCGCGUCUUCGGCGCCAGCAACGUCACCAAGCUGCUCAACGAGCUCCACCCCUACCAGCGGGAGGACGCCGUCAACUCUCUUGCCUACGAGGCCGACAUGCGCCUCCGCGACCCCGUCUACGGUUGCGUCGGCGUCAUAUCCAUCCUCCAGCACCGGCUCCGCCAGCUCCAGAUGGACCUCUCCUGCGCCAGGGCCGAGCUCUCCAAGUACCAAUCCGCCGCCGCUGCCGCCGGCGGCCCCUCCGCUGCUAAUUUCAGCAGUGGGUUGGCGACCGCAGGCGGGCACGGGUAUGUCAACGCUAAUCAUCCGAUCGGGGUGGGAUCGAUCGUGUUAGGGAGGGAGCAGUUCUUCCCGGUAGCGGCUACUGCUGCCCGGGAGCCGCACCCUCACCACCAUGCGAUGAUGAGGAACCAUGAAGGAGAGCUGGUGGCUAGAUUGGGUGCGAAUGGAGCAUAUGAUGCAGGGCUUGUGGCAGCUAUGAAUGCGUCGGCUGUGAGCAUCGGGCCGUUGGGUGGGCAGUUCAUGAAGCCAAGUGCAGCUGGAGGGGAUGAACGGCCGAGCGUCGGACCGUCGUAGGCAUCCUUGCAGGUUUAAGAUUUGGAGGAAGGACACUUGCUGAUGAAACUGAGACAGAGUUAGAAUUGAAAGAGAGACCUGGAUUUCAAUUGCAAUCCAUUUACAGAAAAUAGAAUUUUCUUCUUCCUUCUAGCUAUCUCUUAGCACUGUUUAUUUUAUCCUCUUUUCUUUAUCUGGCCAUAGCUGGGCAUAUUGUAUUCCUAGUGUUUGAUAUAGUGGCAAUCCUAUGUCCCCUCUGUGGCACCUGCAUGGCUAAUAUGAACUCCUCCGUCCUUUUCUAUUAUAAUGAUUUUUAUUAGCUAUUAAAAAAAUUUUGAAAGUUACUUCCAAAUUGUUUGGAUGUUGAAGAAAGAAGCAUUGUUUUUCUUGAGAUAAAAAAUCGACCUAUUUGGCCUAAUUUUUACAAUUUGUCUGCAGAGGGGACCCCCCUAUAGAUAUUUUUUUGGAA